AUGUUAUUGGCAGUGGAAGGAGGAGGUUUCUUCUCUUCUUCGGCUUCUGGGUAUAGCAAGGGCUUGACCCUUCUUCUCUUGGGUCAGAAGCACGAAGACAAACCCAUGAGAGUUACGCCGUGGAAUCAGUACCAGUUGGUGGACCAAGAACCUGACUCUGACCUCCAGCUGGCUUCCUUGAAGAACCGGCUUUCCCGCGGCUGCGCUUCUUUUGUCUGCUUUGGUCGCGCUUCCGCAGGACUUGAAUCCCCGUCACCUCUCAAAGUAGGCCCUGCCCAACAGCAGGAUGUCUUGCCGGAUCCUCUUGUUGCUGACAAGGGAAGAGAUCGUACAACUGAACUCGAAGGUGAUAAUAAUGCAAUAAAAAUUACUAUUAAAAGUAGUCUGAAGAAGAAAUCAAAAGGCAUUCCAGUUCCUGUUGAGGAUGCUAAUCAGAGUGAGCCAUUGAAUGACAAAGGUAGUGAUAUCCCUGGUUAUACCGAAAGGAGAAAAGUGCAGUGGACGGAUGUUUGCGGGAGUGAGCUUGCUGAAAUCAGGGAAUUUGAACCAAGUGAAACAGGUGGAUCAGAUGAUGAAUUUGAUAAUGGAAAUGAAAGAAGUUGUUCAUGUGUGAUUAUGUGA